CGGGCCCGGCCGAGUCCCCGCCGUCCGCGCCCGGCGCCCGCAGCCCGAGCCGCACCCGCCGCGGACGGAGCCCAUGCGCGGGCCCAGCCGGCGCCCGUCCGCGCCCCCGCCCUGCCCCGGCCCCGGCCCCGGGGGCAGUCGCGCCAGCAAGCGGUGGGGCAGGAGUUCCUGGAGUGGUAGCCCCUGGAGAAGCGAUGACAGAAUACAAGCUUGUGGUGGUGGGCGCAGGAGGCGUGGGAAAGAGUGCCCUGACUAUCCAGCUGAUCCAGAACCAUUUUGUGGACGAGUAUGACCCCACCAUAGAGGACUCCUAUCGGAAACAGGUGGUCAUUGAUGGGGAGACAUGUCUGCUGGACAUCUUAGACACAGCAGGUCAAGAAGAGUACAGUGCCAUGCGGGACCAGUACAUGCGCACAGGGGAGGGCUUCCUCUGUGUGUUUGCCAUCAACAACACCAAGUCCUUUGAAGAUAUCCAUCAGUACAGGGAGCAGAUCAAGCGGGUGAAGGACUCAGACGAUGUGCCAAUGGUGCUGGUGGGGAACAAGUGUGACCUGGCCGCUCGCACAGUUGAGUCUAGGCAGGCCCAGGACCUUGCUCGAAGCUAUGGUAUCCCCUACAUUGAAACAUCAGCUAAGACCCGGCAGGGCAGCCGCUCUGGCUCUGGCUCCAGCUCCGGGACCCUCUGGGACCCCCCCGGGACCCAUGUGACCCAGCGGCCCCCAUGCUGGUGUGGAGGAUGCUUUCUACACGCUAGUACGUGAGAUUCGGCAGCAUAAACUGAGGAAGUUGAACCCACCUGAUGAGAGUGGCCCUGGGUGCAUGAGCUGCAAGUGUGUACUGUCCUGACACCAGGUGAGGCAGGGACCAGCAGACAUCUGGGGCAGUGGCUCCAGCUCGCCAGAUGAACUUCAUAUCCGCUCUGAUGUCCCUGCUCCCCCAAAUCUGCCAAUCCCCCUGCCUGCGGUCAGAUGUGUCCUUUGCGCUCGUCCCGGCACAGGCUUAGGACGUGGAGGUGCCGGAUGCAGGGAGGAGGUGCAGACGGAAGGAAGGAAGGAAAGAGGAGGGAAGGAAGGAAACAAUGCUGGAGCCGGGCCAAUCCAGGGAUGGUGGACAGAUGUGACCAAGACCUUCGCAUGGACAAUUUGAACAGACUGUUAUGAACUGUCCCUAUUGCCAUGGGCACCCCAGUCCUCGACCCCUCUGAGUUCCCUCUGGGCGCCUGUGGGGCACAGGUUGAAUUACAGUAAAUUAUUUGAUGGUCUUGA